AGCAGUAUACGGAGGUUGAGGUUGUUAUAUUUAUGUUACUCAACAAAGUAGAGUUCUUUUGGUUGAUAUUGUGUGUAUUUUGAAAAGAAAUAGUAGUGCCAUAACCAUUGACGAUGAGAGGUAAUAUUUUGCAGAAGAGUUUCAUAGCUCUCCAAUGGAAAACGUCGUUUACCAGCCAGUACCUGGUUGCACCAACGCAAGUUAUUAAGUCCAUGAACGUUGGAAACAUCCGCUUUAUCGCUGACGCAAAAAAUUCGGGAUCCAAGCUGGAGGCGACCGUUUUUCAAGACGAUCAUCAUAGGGAUGGACGUUGGUGGAACAUCAGCACAGAAUGGAAAGUUGCUUGUUCCUUCGUCGUCGCGGUAACGUCUUUCUUUUUGAACGCUAGAUAUGAGAGAAUCCAAGUACAAAAAGAAAUAAAGCUAAAUCGUAUCCAAAGUCAGAUAAAAGAUCUCUAUGGGCCACUGUAUGGUAACCGGCUUGUUAGUGAUACAAGCUACCGCGCCGUCAUGAAGAGCCAUAAAGGGCUUAAGAAAUAUCUCAGUGAGGCAAGAAGGAAAAAAGAUGCGGAAAUGAUUCAUUGUUGGAGAUCUUAUGUAUGGAAUGUAUUGUAUCCUCUGGACAAAGCGGCGGUUGAUUUGAUUUUGAACAACGCACAUCUGAUCGCUCAAGGUGAAUUUCCCAAAGAAUUUGAACAAUUACUGAUGCAUGCGGCAAGAAUGGAGUUUGUGAUGGAGUCAUGGAAAAACGACGACGGAGCACUCGAGUCUGCCAAAAGAUUUGACGACGAUGAUUAUUUAGAAGUGAGCAAUGCGUCUGGGUUGAUUUUCAGAACUCAAAUACUAACGCAUGUGAAACAAAAGUACGAUACACUUCGAGACGAACAGAAACAAAUUUUGUUGGAUAUCAGUAGCGACAAACAAGCUGAUGAUAUUCUAGCUAAAAUCUACCAAAAGGUUACUCACCAAGAUUUGUGAAUUGAUUAGUCUAAUUUUUUUUUAUUGCAGUAAAUUUUGAAAUUUUUUUUAUACAUUUUUAUACGAGUAGCCUACAUAUAAUAUAUAUAUGUAGAGUGCAAAACAUCUUUUCAAAUGCCAUAAACACAAAAUGAUAAGGUCUAUUACGAGAUUUUUAUUUUAUUCAUACUAACUAUCUGAUCGUGCACUAAACUAAGAUAUUGUGUUCAUAUAUUUGCAUAAUUACUUUCAGAUAAUAUUAUGGUGUCAUUUCAAGAAAUACAUUUCGAUCAUUGCAACUGUUUCAACUUUAUUAUUUUUAUCUUUCGGUUGAAAAAUAUGAAUUUGUGAUUGUAUAAAUUUUAUAUUUAUGUAAUAUUCCCUCCUAUUCAUUCAUCCGCAAAGUCCCCUUUUUACGUUUCCUAUAGAUAUAUAUGCCACUAUGGUAGAAAUCGACAAAGAUGUACGACGUCGAUAUUCUUUGAAAGUAUUCCAUGAACCGAAUAUUGUAGAAUCUUAAACUUACCAGUCAUCCGAAGCAGUUGGAGUUAUGACCAAACUCAUUUUUUUUUUGCAUUUUCGCCGCAUUGUGCAAUGUUAUACGAUACUCACUAGGCCUACAAGAUAAGUUAGUUCUGAGGUAUCCAAUAGCUUAAAACCAUUGGAUUUUAAUAUUUCUAAUGUAUAGUUACGUAACAUAUAUACACAUAGGCUAUAUAUAUACAUUGACAUAAUAUCAUUUGAACUUCGUUUAUAGGGGACAUUGGAGUCCCCCGGUAAAAACGUAAUCCUUUGGUUAAUCUCAGUUGAAAACGCCCACCGCUGUGGGCGGUGAAAAUGAAAGUAUUCUCCGUUAAAAAUAUGAACUUUUCACCGUGGGUGCGGAGUGACGAAAAGGAAAUUUGAACUCUAUAGGCAGUGCCGCAUUUAUCAUUAAGAUAAGCUGAAGCUUCAAGUGCCCCAACAUUCAAUUUCGAACUGUUAUUCAUUUUUAAGUCGUUUUGUUUGAGAAUUUUACCCGUUCAAAAAAUUUUUAACUGACAUUUAUUUUUUUUUUGAUUGGGAUAAUAACUCUUGUCGCAAAUGUGCCAUGGCAUGGAUUAAAUUAUCUGAGUGUUCUUUCUCCAGUAUAUUAAACGUACUUUAGCGCAGUAAACCUCAAUUGAUUCCCUCGGAGGUUAAACGAACACAAAUUGAUGUGCAAUCAUGCCAAAUGUUCGUGCAUUGUAAAGUUGCACAAUCGAAUAGAUUCAAAUAACAUAAUAUAACGAAAUACACUUAAAAGCCAUAGCGCGAGUAUAUGCGAUGAAACCAAAUUUCAACUAUAACAAAGAACGAUAAAAUAUAGAUAACCAACACGCGAGCGAGGGUGGGAAAUACGUCAUCAACUUUUUCGCAUAAAACGUUUCAUGAAAAUAUCAAAAAGGAAAUGGAAUCUACUUCCGCUUCGAUGACUCCUUUCUUCUCUAUUCUUACUUCUUUUAUCAAGUCAGUUUUGAUGAGUAUAAAUAUAAAACAUACGCAUGGUUAGUUGAAAUUGAUGAUGCUUUCUGUAUAAGAAACUUAUAUAUAUAUAUAGCCCAAUAUAUUGUAUUUGAGUCGUGACCCGCGUUCUUACUUCAUCAAAUGCUUGAGCUUUUGUCCAGCAAAGUUUUGCCAAUUCCUGAUUGCAAACCGUUCCAACCGUCACCGUACAGAGUUUUUGGCCGCGUGACUAGAAACGUACAGCUGGAAGGUGAAAAUGGAAGAUUUUCAAGCAAGCUACUGCAUACAAGAGACGCCUAAGUAAUGACCCACCGUCAAUAUUCAUUCUUAUUUGACAAGAAGUGUACAUAUGGGUCGUUCUGUUAUUGUUCUUCUUGCAUUUAUUUUCUUGUUGUUAUGAAAAUCGCCUUUCUCAUUAACUACUAGACCAAUUACUUUGAAAUUUUCAGUGCUUAAAGAUUUUUUUGGCUAGGAGGCUAUUACUAAUUUAUUUUAAAACAUUCUGUGGGAUCUAUGUGAUUCGUUUUUAACUUCAAAACUUUGUGUGACGACCUCUUCAAAAUGAAUAAAAAUUAUUUGUAGCGGU